CAGAACGUGCCAUGAAGUACAGAGCCGCGCGGUGUCUGUUUCACGCGGCGGAGGUCUGCUGAGCUUGGAGGAAUCGACUGCACUCGGACAUGGCGGAGCCUGCGGCCGGAGUGAGCCGCUUCAAAGCCAACUAUGCAGUUGAGCGAAAGAUUGAACCUUUCUACAAGGGCGGGAAAGCACAGCUGGACCAGACCGGCCAUUACCUCUUUUGUGUCUGUGGUACCAAAGUCAACAUCCUAGAUGUGGCCUCAGGGGCUUUGCUUCGGAGCCUGGAGCAGGAGGACCAAGAGGACAUUACUGCCUUUGACCUCAGUCCUAAUGAUGAAGUCCUGGUAACAGCCAGCCGGGCACUGCUGCUGGCUCAGUGGGCCUGGCGAGAAGGCACCGUCACUCGUCUGUGGAAGGCGAUACACACAGCCCCUGUGGCCUCCAUGGCGUUCGACACCACCUCUACACUGUUAGCCACAGGUGGCUGUGAUGGCGCUGUACGUGUCUGGGACAUUGUGCAACAUUAUGGAACACACCACCUUCGAGGCUCCCCCGGUGUCGUUCAUUUGGUGGCCUUCCAUCCAGACCCCACUCGUCUGCUGCUCUUCUCCUCAGCUGUGGACACCUCUAUCCGUGUGUGGUCCCUGCAGGACCGCUCAUGUCUGGCCGUUCUGACCUCACACUACAGUGCUGUCACGUCCCUCUCCUUUAGCGAGGAUGGCCAUACCAUGCUCAGUUCUGGCCGUGAUAAGAUCUGCAUAGUCUGGGACCUUCAGAGCUACCAGGCCAAGAGGACAGUACCAGUGUUUGAGAGCGUGGAAACUGCUGUGCUAUUGCCUGAGGAGCCGGCACCUGCGCUGGGUGUGAAGAACUCAGGCCUAUACUUCUUAACAGCUGGUGACCAAGGGAUCCUCCGUGUGUGGGAGGCUGCUUCUGGGCAGUGUGUGUACACCCAGCCACAGAUGCCAGGACUAGGGCAGGAGCUGACCCACUGUACCCUGGCCCGCUCUGCGGGCCUGCUCCUCACUGUCACCUCCGAUCACAACCUGCUCCUUUAUGAGGCACAUUCCUUACAGCUGCAGAAACAGUUUGCUGGUUAUAGCGAGGAGGUGUUGGAUGUUCGGUUCCUUGGGCCCAAUGACUCCCACAUUGUCGUGGCUUCCAACAGCCCCUGCCUGAAAGUGUUUGAGCUGCAGACUUUGGCCUGUCAGAUCCUCCACGGUCACACAGACAUUGUCCUGGCCCUGGAUGUGUUCCGGAAGGGGUGGCUUUUUGCCAGCUGUGCCAAGGAUCAGAGCAUACGCAUCUGGAGGAUGAACAAGGCUGGCCAGGUGGCCUGUGUCGCUCAGGGCUCCGGACACACACACAGCGUGGGCACCAUCUGCUGUUCUAGGCUAAAAGAAUCUUUCCUGGUGACGGGCAGCCAGGACUGCACUGUGAAGCUAUGGCCCCUCCCUGAAGCCCUGCUGUCUAAGAACACAGCUGUGGACAGUGGCCCGAUGCUUCUGCAGGCCCAGACCACCCUGCGCUGCCAUGACAAAGACAUCAACAGUCUGGCUAUCUCCCCCAAUGACAAGCUGUUAGCCACGGGCUCACAGGACCGCACAGCUAAGCUCUGGGCCUUGCCUCAGUGCCAAUUGUUGGGUGUUUUUUCAGGCCACCGACGUGGCCUCUGGAAUGUCCAGUUCUCGCCCACAGACCAGGUGCUGGCCACAGCCUCUGCUGAUGGCACCAUCAAGCUCUGGGCACUGCAGGACUUCAGUUGUCUCAAGACAUUUGAGGGCCAUGAUGCUUCUGUGCUGAAGGUGGCCUUUGUGAGCCGUGGCUCACAGCUGCUGUCUAGUGGUUCUGAUGGGCUUCUGAAGCUGUGGACCAUUAAGAGCAAUGAGUGUGUACGGACACUGGAUGCUCACGAGGACAAGGUCUGGGGGCUACACUGUAGCCGACUAGAUGACCAUGCCAUCACCGGGGGCAGUGACUCCCGAAUCAUUCUCUGGAAGGAUGUGACAGAGGCCGAGCAGGCAGAAGAGCAGGCCAAACGGGAAGAGCAGGUGAUCAAGCAGCAAGAACUGGACAACCUGCUCCAUGAGAAGCGGUAUCUCCGGGCCCUGGGACUUGCCAUCUCCCUGGACCGCCCCCACACUGUACUGACUGUUAUCCAGGCCAUCCGGAGGGAUCCUGAGGCCUGUGAGAAGCUGGAGGCCACUGUGCUCCGACUGCGACGAGACCAGAAAGAGGCCCUGCUGCGCUUCUGUGUCACAUGGAACACCAACUCCAGACACUGUCACGACGCCCAGGCCGUGCUGGGUGUGCUGCUAAGGCAUGAGGCCCCUGAAGAGCUGCUGGCCUAUGAAGGGGUGCAGGGUACACUGGAGGCCCUGCUGCCCUAUACCGAGCGGCACUUUCAGCGGCUUAGCCGGACGCUACAAGCAGCCACCUUCUUGGACUUCCUUUGGCACAACAUGAAGCUGUCCCCACUCCCUGCUGUUCCCCCAGCCCUGUCUGGAUCCCUGCUUUGCCUGUGGUUGGGGUUGACAGUACAACCUCUCUGCAGGGCUACACAAAUCCUCAAAGGGGACCCAUGUUCCUUUGGUCCUGUUCCAGUGCCCUGCGGGUGAUGGUGCAGCAUCGGCUCUGAAUGGCACUCACACAGGGGCGAGUUGGUACUACAGGGGGAACAGGCCUGUCUGUAGCCACCUUGUCUUCCCUGCCGUCUGGGAGCCCUGGCCUGCCCAGGAGGAAGCCCAGCCCUUCAGGCUGCAGCAGCACUGCAGGAAACAGACCUUCCUGGCCAUUGUACCUACAAGAAAGGCAGGGCUUGGUUAAGAAUUUACCUGAUGUGCCCCUCCUGCCAGGCAGCACCUGUCACUGCUCCAACACACGCACGCACACACGUGUGUGAGCACACUCACUGUACCUGCACAGCCACCAGCCGCGGUCUGAGGGUUCCAGCACGUGCACGCAUGCCCCUGCAGGCACUGAUAGCUCAUCAGUAUGACUGCCCUCAUAGGCCUGAGUAGCACAGAACUGCAUCCCUAGGGUAGGUGUUUGGGGAUCACUGGAGAACUGUAAGGCCAGAGUCCUGACCUUUCUCCUGGUGGAGAAACACCCACAUGCCUGGUGCCCCACUGUCACCUCCCUCCUGAGCUUGCUCUUAGCCUUGCUGCAGGUUCAUUCUUAGUGGUGAGCUUAUGGUAGGGAUGGGCUCAUACCUCUGCAUUGCAAAGCCAGGCCUGAUUCCUGGUCUUGGCCUAGGGCUCCCUCCUCCAGGUAGGGAGCUGGAAACCAGGCCAUCUGCUGAUCCUUAUUCUCCACCAGCCACCAGCCUGUUCAAGAGGCCAGGAAAGGGCUCAGAUGCCAAGGCCUGCACCCAUCUUGGUCAGAGAGCAGAUGUUUU